GGUUGAGUCCUGGAGACGGACUGUGGAGGCCGUGCUUCAGGUCCCUUGUCCCCGGCAGCAGCAUGGCGGACCCCCAGAGGUCUCUGCCGGCCCUGAAGAAGCUCAGCUAUGCCGUGGGACACUUCCUGAACGACCUGUGCGCCUCCAUGUGGUUCACCUACCUCCUGGUGUUCUACCACUCGGUGCUGGGCUUCCAAAACACUUACGCAGGUGUGCUGCUGCUGGUGGGCCAGAUAACUGAUGGCCUCUGUACGCCUCUCAUUGGCUACGAGUCAGACCGAAUCCCCGGCUGUGGUAACUACGGCAAGAGGAAGACAUGGCACCUAGUUGGUGAGUCAGAGACAGCAUUCACAAGAGGAAGACAUGGCACCUAGUUGGUGAGUCAGAGACAGCAUUCACAAGAGGAAGACAUGGCACCUAGUUGGUGAGUCAGAGACAGCAUUCACAAGAAGAAGACAUGGCACCUAGUUGGUGAGUCAGAGACAGCAUUCACAAGAAGAAGACAUGGCACCUAGUUGGUGAGUCAGAGACAGC